UGCCGGCUUCUCCUAACCAACUCAUUUAUAUUCGUAUAAUAAAAGUAUAAAUCCAACAACAACCCACACAAAAACCUCAUUUGUUUCCUCUUUUUUCCCUUUCUCAAUUAUUAAAAAACUAAAAAUUAUAAAAACAGAAGUAAAAUUUGAAAAAACAAAAUUGGUCCCCUGUCUGCUUUUGGUCACUGGACCUCUCUUUCUUUCUACUCACCGACACUUUUUUCUCACUUCUCUCUUCGCCUCUUCCUUCUUCUCCGAUCAUAUCAGUUUUAUCUUAAUUUAAAAAUAAAACCAGUCUCCUUUCUUUUCCUUUGAAGAAGAUAAGAGAAGAAGAUCAGCAUUUACCUAAAAAAAUCCAGGUUUUAAUUUUCUUUGCACAAAGGAAACAAAAAAAAAAUGGCAGUGGAGAAAAACAACAAAGUGGAUAAUGUGAAUGUGAAGCAGAGAAAUAUUGUAUUGGUUGGAAUUAAAAUUGAUGAGAGUGGCAAAGAGAUCUUGAAAUGGGCACUUGAAGCAGUUGCAGGAAAACAUGGAGAGUGUGAUGUUGUUGUUAUUCAUGUUUGUUCAACUUUUCAUAGUGCCUUGAAAAGCAAGUCAGCGUUGGAUCGGUACUUAGAACUUUACAGUGAAUUCUGUUCAACAAAGAAGAUUGAGCUCAAAGGAGAUGUUUUGAAGGGAAACUCAGUUCAAGGGGUUUUAGUUAAAGAGGCAAAUAGAUACAACGCUAUGUCCAUUAUUGUUGGAGUUAAACAUCAAAGAAAACUAAGCCUAAAAGUAGCUAAAGGCUGCUCAAAAGAGCUUCCUCCAACAACUGAUGUUUUGGCCAUCCACAGAGGAGAUAUAAUAUUUAGACGUUCCAACCAUUCCCAGCCACCUCUUGCUCAAAACAUAAGUUCAAGACCAAGUUCUGAACUUUUUGAUGGACUUUCAGACAAAGAACUCAAACUGAAAUCCGGAGAAUCGAUGGUUAAAAACAGAGAGCUGCAGAGAACAAGCCAAGAGAAGAGGAGGGUUUCUGGUAGAUCACUUUCUCUUCCAUCAGUAGAGGUAGUAGACCAGAAACCAGGUUGGCCAUUGCUAAGAACAACCACUUUAGCUCCUCCAGUGGUCCAACAUCAGACUCGGAAAAUAUCAGUUGUCAAUUGGGUCAUGAGCUUGCCUGAACGGUUUCCACAUCAUCCCAAUCACACUUCUCAACCGAGCUUCUGUGAUUCACAACUUAAAGACAUACUAAAGGAAAUAAAUAGAUGGUUUAGCUAUGAUGUUCUUAAGACAGCAACAUCAGGUUUCUCUUCAGAGAAUCUAAUUGGAAAAGGAGGAUGUAACGAAGUCUACAAAGGGGUUCUUGAAGAUGGGAAAGCAGUGGCGGUGAAGAUCUUGAAAUCAUCUGGAAAAGAAGCAGUGAAGGAUUUUGUUCAAGAAGUUAGCAUAAUCUCUUCUUUGAGUCACCAAAACAUCUCUCCUUUAAUCGGUGUGUGCGUCCAAUAUGAUGAACUUAUCUCUGUUUACAAUCUCUCAUCCAGAGGAAGUUUGGAGGAGACCCUUCAGGGUAAGCAUGUAUUGGCAUGGGAAGAGAGAUUCAAGAUAGCAAUUGGGUUAGGGGAAGCUCUUGAUUAUCUUCACAACCAAUGUUCUAAUCCUGUCAUCCACAGAGAUGUCAAGUCUUCUAAUGUUCUUCUCUCAGAUGAGUUAGAACCUCAGCUUUCGGAUUUCGGACUCUCGAUGUGGGGAUCCAAGUCUUGUCUAUACACAAUACAAAGAGACGUGGUGGGCACGUUUGGAUACCUAGCUCCUGAAUACUUCAUGUACGGAAAGGUGAGCGACAAAGUUGAUGUUUAUGCCUUUGGAGUAGUUUUGCUUGAACUCAUAUCAGGAAGAACUACUAUUUCUUCUGAUAGCCCAAGAGGACAGGAGAGUUUGGUCAUGUGGGCAAAGCCAAUUAUAGAAAAAGGUGCUGCAAAAGAGCUCUUGGAUCCGAACAUUUCAGGGACUUUUGUUGAGGCUCAGUUUCAGAAAAUGGUUCUUGCUGCUAAACAUUGUCUUACAAGAGCCGCUACUCAUCGUCCCAAUAUCAGAGAGAUACUCAAGCUGCUAAACGGGGAAGAUGAAGUAGAGAAGUGGUUGAAGAAACUAGGAGAAGAUGAUGACUGUUUCGACGAUGAGGUUUACCCAAAUUCGAACAAAGAAUUACACUUGAGUCUUGCGAUGCUCGACAUCGAGGAUAAUGACUCUAUUUCAGUUGGCAGCUUGGAGAGAAGUAACAAUAGCCUAUUUUCUUCUUCUCCAUCUCAGGAGCUUCAGCCUUGAUUAGGGUUUUCUUAAUGUUUCGAGUUUGCUUGAGGGUUACGGCAUCUCUCAGGAUGUCUGCAAUCAAAUCAAGCUUGAUGUCACUACUCUGACUUUGGCUUUUGCAACCAUUGCCGGAAAAGUGUUUUUUUUUUCUUACAUAGAUGAGAGGAAGAGAAUAAGACUUCCAAAAUAAUGAUUAAAGUGUUUUUGAUAAAUAAAUAAAAAGAUUAAAGUGUU